AUUUUUUUAAAAAAAUCUUUGAAUAUGCUAUUUGGGAUAUCUUAUAAAUACACAUAAAAAUAAGCUAGAAAAUUUUUGUUAUACAUAAAGAUAGAGAAAAUGGGAGAAUUGACGCUGAUUGCAACACCCCAAAGCUCUUAUUGUGCCAGAAUUCAAUGGACACUGAAGCUUAAAGGUGUGGAAUAUGAAUUCAUAGAAGAAGAUUUACUAAACAAAAGCCCUUUGCUUCUCGAAUCUAACCCUGCUUAUAAAAAAUUCCCAACAAUUCUUCAUGAGGGCAAACCAUUAGCCGAGUCCCUUAUCAUCCUUGAGUAUAUUGAUCAGGUUUGGAAACACUAUCCCUUGCUUCCUCAUGAUCCAUCCGAUAAAGCCAUUGCUCGUUCAUCCGCUAAGUUUGCUGAUGAAAAGGUACAUACAUGUUUAAUUCAACUACAUACCUUUUUUUUUCCCCCCUAUGUAUGCAUGAUGUUCAUAGUAUGUGAAUUCUCUUGUAUUCAGCUUAUAGUUGAAGUAUGGGAAGCUUUCAAAUCAGAAGGAGAGAAAAAGGAGAAGGCAAUCAAAGCUGCUGUGGAAUCAUUGGCAACUGUUGAUAAGCAGAUUGAAGGAAAGAAGUGUUUUGGUGGAGAAAGAAUAGGGUAUUUGGAUUUAGUAUAUGGUUGGUUAGCUCACUGGCUUAAUGUUAUGGAAGAAGUAGGAGGCAUGAAGUUGCUUGAUAAGGAGAGCUUCCCAUCACUCCAUCAAUGAUGUCUGAAUUUCAUCAAUAAUCCAAUCAUCAGAAAAUCCAUUCCAUCCAGAGAAAACCUUGUCAAAUACUUAAAAGGAAGCCUCCGCUACCACCGUGCCCUAG